AUGUGCCGGGAGCGUUCGAGCCAGUAUUUGCUGGGCUAUGAGGCUGAUGAUGAUGCCAGUCCUUCAGUAAGAGAUGCUAAAAACCUUGUACCUAUGGACCCUAAUGGCUUGUCAGAUCCUUACGUGAAACUGAAACUGAUUCCUGAUCCCAAGAGUGAGAGCAAGCAGAAGACCAAAACCAUCAAGUGCUCCCUCAACCCUGAGUGGAACGAGACAUUUAGAUUCCAGCUGAAAGAGUCGGACAAAGACAGAAGAUUGUCUGUAGAGAUUUGGGAUUGGGAUCUGACCAGCAGGAAUGACUUCAUGGGAUCUUUGUCAUUUGGGAUUUCUGAGCUCCAGAAAGCUGGUGUUGAUGGCUGGUUUAAGUUACUUAGCCAGGAGGAAGGCGAGUACUUCAACGUACCUGUGCCACCGGAAGGCAGUGAGGGCAGUGAGGAACUGCGGCAGAAAUUUGAGAGGGCCAAGAUCAAUCAGGGGACCAAGGCUCCUGAAGAAAAGACGACUAACACCAUAACCAAAUUGGACAACAACGGGAACAGGGACCGGAUGAAACUGACUGAUUUUAACUUCCUGAUGGUGCUUGGAAAAGGCAGCUUUGGCAAGGUCAUGCUCUCAGAGCGGAAGGGCACAGAUGAGCUGUACGCCGUGAAGAUCCUGAAGAAGGACGUGGUGAUCCAAGAUGACGAUGUGGAAUGCACGAUGGUAGAGAAGCGGGUGCUUGCCCUGCCCGGGAAGCCGCCCUUCCUGACCCAGCUGCACUCCUGCUUCCAGACCAUGGACCGCCUGUACUUUGUGAUGGAGUAUGUGAAUGGUGGCGACCUCAUGUACCACAUCCAACAAGUGGGCCGGUUCAAGGAACCUCACGCUGUAUUUUAUGCUGCAGAAAUUGCCAUCGGUCUGUUCUUCUUACAGAGCAAGGGCAUCAUUUACCGGGACCUGAAACUUGACAAUGUGAUGCUGGAUUCUGAGGGUCACAUCAAGAUCGCUGAUUUCGGCAUGUGUAAGGAAAACAUCUGGGACGGAGUGACAACCAAGACUUUCUGUGGUACUCCAGACUACAUCGCCCCUGAGAUAAUUGCUUAUCAGCCCUACGGGAAGUCCGUGGAUUGGUGGGCAUUUGGAGUCCUGCUGUAUGAGAUGUUGGCUGGGCAGGCACCCUUUGAAGGGGAGGAUGAAGAUGAACUCUUCCAGUCUAUCAUGGAACACAACGUGGCUUAUCCAAAGUCCAUGUCCAAGGAAGCUGUGGCCAUCUGCAAAGGGCUGAUGACCAAACACCCGGGCAAACGUCUGGGUUGUGGACCUGAAGGUGAACGUGACAUCAAAGAGCACGCGUUUUUCCGGUAUAUUGACUGGGAGAAACUUGAACGCAAAGAGAUUCAACCCCCGUAUAAGCCGAAAGCCAGAGACAAGCGAGACGCCUCCAAUUUCGACAAAGAGUUCACCAGACAGCCUGUGGAACUCACGCCUACUGAUAAACUCUUCAUCAUGAACUUGGACCAAAAUGAAUUUGCUGGCUUCUCCUAUACUAACCCAGAGUUUGUCAUUAAUGUGUAGGUGAAUGCAAACUCCAUUGUAAGCCUGGAGUAUAAGACUUCAGGGCAAGUGUAUGUAUCUAUUCUAGUCUUCCAGGAUUCAUGGUGCAUAUGCUGGCAUUCCACACGUGGAGAGCUUGUCUUAGAGGGCUUUUCUUUGUAUGUGUAGCUUGCUAGUUUGUUUUCUACAUCUGAAAAUGUUUAGUUUAGAGUAAGCGCUUUAUCCAAUUAUAGAGGUACAAUUUUCCAAACUUCCAGAAACUCAUCAAAUGAACAGACGAUAUCAGAACUACUGUGUCUGAUACCAAAAUGCUUCAGCAUUUGUAAUUUUUAAAGUCAGAAGCUAAUGUUCCUGGUAAAAGUUUUUA